GGCAGCAGUAUGAAUCCCAUACUGUGCAGGAAUCUUUCUCGACAUCAGCUGACAGCCGGAAACCCUCCUGCCACUGCGACAGAGGACGUUUUUUUCCUCCUUCGUCAUUCCCUUUAAAAGGAGGAAAAUUCCCUAUUUUUAGAAGAAGACAACACAGUAGGACAUCAGCCAUCAGGCGAACAUGCUCAUCUCACUCUCUGGGCAGUGGCCUUAUAUAUUGGCCCCACCUGGGGGGCAGCAAAGGUCCAACAAAGCCUGGAUCUGUGACGGGGUGACAACAACAGCUCCCCCGGUCACCCUGGUGACGGGACCCCGCAGUCCUGGAGGAUUCCCUCAAUCUCCAGCCUGAGGUGAAUGGACUUAAACAGUCCCCAGUACAAGACAUGGACGCCCCAGAACUAUUUAAUCACCACGACGGAACCAGUGAAAGUCAUACACACAUGCCUCCCAGGUAUGUUGCCUGAUGGCUUAGGGCCUUUACGUUAAUCUGAUCCAGCCGCCCUUUCCAUAUUGAAUAUAUCGAAACAUUUUAAGUUUCAGAGUUUGACCUCAAACUUAACUGCACCAUCUAACUGUAUACUCAUAAAUUAAGUUACUAAUCUCAAUUGAAAUGGAGGACGUCUUUUUUGAUCUUGACCAAGACAACGCGUCAGAUUUCGCCUUCUGGGGACAAAUGGACCCCAAUUUCCAGUUUCAGUCCCAGCUGGACAGUUUACUGUUUGACUGCACGACGGGGACCGAACAGCUGUCCCCUUGGUCCGGCUUCGGCGGCUCCCAAUCGGUGUUCCCUGAUGCGCAGCUGACCUUCGCCGACUUGGACUCGCACUCCCCACAGCUGGGAGCCGGUGCUGAAGCGGACAGCUCCCCUGCGGACGAGCCCCACGAGGUCGCCCUGCGCAGGCAGCCGCACCACCCAUACAAGGUGCAGCGACAUGCGGCCAACAUUCGGGAGCGGAAGAGGAUGCUGAACAUCAACUCAGCUUUCGAGGAACUCCGGUGCCAUGUGCCAACCUUCCCGUACGAGAAACGUCUCUCCAAGAUAGACACUCUGAGACUGGCCAUCGCCUACAUCGCCCUGCUGAGAGAGAUACUCCUGUCCGGCUGCGAUCCCAAGUCAUACGUGGCCGAAUUCAUGAAGAACGGGUACAAAAAUAAAACCAAUGCUGUAUGGAACACAAGUGAUCUGACUGCCCGACUCUCCUGGGUAAAGUGGGAUUAGUGCACCACGGCAGGCUGGAGAACAGCACUGCUGGCAGUAACAUCCCUGAUGAUGACCACCUUGCAGGAUGCCGUGGGGCCAGGCUGUCAUCUGCAAGCUUCCCAGAGUGCGGUACCUCAAUGACUGUUUCAAUUUAAACCCAGUCCUCGUAUUUGUGUUGUACCUGGUCUGAAAAGUCUUUCCCGCACUAUAUGUUAUUUGUUUGAAGAUGGUGUUGAGCUUCAGUCGCUUAACUGCAGAUCUGCAUGCACUUUGUCACCUGACUAAGGUGUAGUAUUUAUUUGUACAGGCAUAUUUAGGAUUUUUGUUUAAUGAGACCAUGACACUAGUGACAAUCUCGUUAAAUCGA